CCUCCUAAACCCCAGUCGACAUUUACUCUCCCACUCCCAGACUCCUACUCGCCGAGCCCAAACCCAAAAUGUUCCUCCUCCAGCGGCGUUGCGCCUCCGCGCUCUCCGCACCCCUCCAGCUCCGCCGCUACGCCCAAUCCGCCGCAGCCGCUCUCCUCGACGACGAUUCCAACCCGGAGUCCUUCCCCCGACCCGACCCGAAAUACGACGAGACAAUCCUUGCCGUCCCGCGCUUAACCUCCGGCAAAAGCAUCGCCGCCAAAGAGCGGAAGGCCGGGCGAGUCCCCGGCAUCAUCUUCGAGCAAGAGGACGGCCAGCACGGCGGCAACAAGCGCCUCAUCUCCGUCCGCACGAACCAGAUCCGCAAGCUCCUCAAUCAUCUCGGCCGCUCUUUCUUCCUCUCCCGCCUCUUCCACCUCGAGGUCCGCUCCGACUUCGAUGCAGACGACGUCGUUGAGAAAGUCCGCGUUUUACCGCGCUUGAUUCAUCUGCACUCGAGCACCGAUGCUCCGCUUAAUGUGACCUUCAUAAGGGCCCCUUCAAAUGCUUUGUUGAAAGUCGAAAUUCCUCUUGUAUUCAGAGGAGAUGAUAUCUCUCCUGGAUUGAAGAAAGGUGCAUAUUUAAAUACAAUCAAGAGGACGGUAAAGUUCCUUUGCCCUGCGGAUGUAAUUCCUCCAUAUAUUGAUGUGGAUCUGAGUGAGUUGGAUGUUGGCCAAAAGCUAGUUAUGGGAGACCUCAAGGUUCAUCCGACUCUAAAGCUUAUUCAGUCAAAAGAUGAGCCAAUUUGUAAGAUCAUGGGUUCAAGAGUUUCUGACCAACAAAAGAAAACUAAAUAGUUGCUGCAUUUGGAUUUUGGUUGCCCAUUAUUAUGAAACUCUACUGUCUCCAGCUCCUUCUCAGCUAAAAUGUUGACAUGUUCAACCGCUAUAUCUUGAUCUGUAAUGGCUGUAGAGGACUAUGAGAUGGAAUCUCAUCGACAGUCUUCACCUCUUUUUUUGCAUUUCUGGGUUUGGUUCUCUUUUUGACAAGGGAAUACAGGGUCUGGUGGUCAGGGAUGUCAUUGAAUAGAAACAAAGUGGGUCUGCUCCGAAAUUCGGUGGUAAUAAUCAUGGUAAUUCACAUCUGUUAUAAAUGGACAGAUAUUCCGUAGCGCAAUUUCUGUAUUCCUUGUCUUGGAUGCUCCUGCAUCCAAGAGAAUUUCCAAUAUUUAUUUAGGGGUUGGUAGUUUAUCCAUCUUUUAUUGG